AUGGCAUCAGACAGCACUACCAGGCAGUACUUUGAGCACUCUUCUGCCCCCCGGCUCAGCACCGUCGACGUCAUCGCAGCAUCCCUUAAGAAACAGUACCCCUCGCUUGAGUGCUCAAUCAUCCACCCAUACCUACCUGUCGACCUUCUUGGUUUCGCAUACUCCGGGCAUGGCACCAUCGCUCCGCUCCCUGACGACCGCGCCGCCAACGUCAAGCUCGACCCCUCCCCUCUGCCCUCAUCUCUGGCCCUGACUGGCUACGUCCCGCCUGCGCGGCGGGACGGGAGGGGACUGGUGCUUCACGAGAUCCUCUUUGACAAGUUCCUCUACAAAUGGAAUGGCCAGGAGUACAUUGUCUAUAUCGUAGACGCUAAGGAAGGCAUCGUCGGCGCCUACCCGCAGGGCCAACUUGUCUUCGUCCUCUCCGUCUCGGAACAGCUCACCCAAGGGCUUAAUCCACGCUGCGGCGGCUACUGGCAAAAGAGCAAGGCGCUCUACGACAGUAUCCGCAAUGCUUCUUGGGACAGUGUUAUAAUGGACCCGGAGAGGAAGAAGGCUGUCAUUGACGAUCACAUGCGCUUCUUUGACUCGCGACGUGACUACGAGAAGCUCAAGGUGCCCUGGAAGAGGGGUCUUAUAUACUACGGCCCUCCAGGGAACGGCAAGACAAUUAGCAUCAAGGCAAUGAUGAACCAGCUGUAUCACCUUAAAGAGCCCAUACCGACCUUGUAUGUUCGCUCUCUCCAAUCGUACAUGGGACCUGAAUACUCGAUAAAGACCAUCUAUGACAAAGCAAGGUCAAUGUCCCCAUGUUACCUCAUCUUUGAGGAUCUAGAUACAAUCAUCACCGACUCCGUCAAAAGCUAUUUCUUCAACGAAGUCGACGGUCUGAAAUCCAAUGACGGCAUUUUCAUGGUGGGCAGCACAAAUCAUCUCGAUCGCCUUGACCCUGGUAUUUCUCAACGCCCGUCUCGUUUCGACCGGAAAUACCUAUUCGAUAAUCCGAACAAGAAGGAGAGGACUAUGUACUGCCAGUUCUGGCAAGGAAAACUCAAGGACAACGAGGAAAUCGACUUUCCGGACAAGCUUUGCCCAGCUAUCGCUGAUAUCACGCAAGACUUCAGCUUUGCCUACAUGCAAGAGGCAUUUGUCGCUGCCCUUCUGGCCAUCGCGCAGGGCAAUAAGGAGAAGGCUGAGGGACUCGGUGACGGAUGGGUUGAUGUUCUGGAGGACGAUGAUGGAGACGAUGAUCUGGACGGCAACGUGUUGUGGAAUGAGAUCCAGAAACAGGUCGAGAUCCUUCGACACGGUCUUGAAAAGGACGAGGGGUCCAGCUCAUGA